AUGGAUGUGAUCUGCCAAGCCAAGUCUGGUAUGGGGAAGACAGCUGUGUUUGUGCUGGCAACGCUUCAGCAGAUCGAACCAGUAGCUGGGGAGGUGUCGGCGCUGGUCCUCUGCCACACCCGUGAACUCGCAUACCAGAUCUGUAACGAGGUUCAGAGGUUUACCACAUACCUUCCGGAUGUCAAAGUCGCAGUCUUCUACGGUGGCGUGGCGAUCAAGACACACAAGGAUAUGCUCAAGAACGAAUGCCCGCACAUUGUCGUCGGAACGCCCGGUCGUAUUCUCGAUCUUGCUCGGCAGAAGGAUCUGAACUUAAAGCAUGUUCGCCACUUCAUUCUCGAUGAAUGCGACAAGAUGCUGGAGUCGCUUGAUAUGCGGAGGGAUGUUCAGGAGAUCUUCAAGCUUACUCCUCACGACAAACAGGUCAUGAUGUUUUCCGCGACGCUCAGCAAGGAGAUUCGCCCCGUCUGCAAGAAGUUUAUGACCGAUCCGAUGGAGAUCUACGUUGAUGACGAAACGAAGCUGACACUUCAUGGACUUGUUCAGGUUGGUACAGCCGUUUCCUUCCUCCGCUUCUCAUAUUUGGAUGCGUCUCUUUUACUUACGGCCUGUUCAUUUUACACCCUGCAGCACUAUAUUCAAUUGAAGGAGAACGAGAAGAACAGAAAGCUGAACGACCUUCUUGAUGCUCUUGACUUCAAUCAAGUCGUCAUCUUUGUCAAAUCAGUGAACCGCGCUGCUCAGCUGAACAAGCUCUUGGUGGAAUGCAAUUUCCCCGCUAUUAGCAUUCAUUCUCAGAUGACACAGGAGGAGAGGCUGACCCGCUACAAGGCAUUCAAGGAGGGACACAAGCGCAUUCUGGUGGCAACAGAUCUUGUGGGUCGUGGCAUUGACAUUGAGCGAGUCAAUAUCGUCAUCAACUACGACAUGCCUGAAAAUGCAGACACUUAUCUUCAUCGGGUUGGCCGUGCUGGUCGUUUUGGUACAAAGGGUCUAGCUAUCACUUUUGUGAGCUCGGAGGAGGAUUCGAAGAAGCUGGAUCAGGUUCAGUCACGGUUUGAAGUUGACAUCAAGGCCUUGCCAGAGCAGAUUGACACAUCUACGUACAGUAAGUUCCCCUUGUGCCAGGCUGGUAUUUAA